AGCUGCCACGCAUUGCGAGCGGGUGCGGUUAAGAAUGAAGAGCGACUUUGUCAAGUUUGGUCUCUUUCAACAGAAACCUUCCUUCCGUCUACAACUUGUGUAAUAUCAACCACCCAAACACACACAAGAUUAAAAUGGCUUCGAGACUUGCAGCCAGUGCUUCUACUUCACGCUUAUCAAGGCCUAAAAACCCACCAUUCUUCUCACUUUCACACCGCAACUUCACUCUCAAUUUCCAUAACCCACCUUCUCAUCCUCCACGCUCCAAUGCUUUUCCACCACUUUUUAUUCGCAAACCUGGGUAUCAGUGGCACGUACGAGCUAUUAGUGAGGCAGCGGCGGAACCUUCUAUUUCUAAUAAAGAAAGGGAAGCAGAGUCAACUAAAGAUUGGAAGAUUAAAAUGUUGUAUGACGGAGACUGCCCCCUCUGCAUGCGCGAGGUUAAUAUGCUAAGAGAGAGGAAUAAGAGUUAUGGCACAAUCAAGUUUGUCGAUAUAAGCUCAGAUGAUUACUCUUCAGAGGAGAAUCAAGGCCUUGACUAUGAAACUGCUAUGGGAAGAAUUCAUGCUAUUCUCUCAGAUGGAACUGUGAUUACAGAUGUUGAAGCAUUUAGGCGACUAUAUGAACAAGUUGGUCUAGGUUGGGUUUAUGCCAUUACAAAAUAUGAACCAGUUGGAAAAGUUGCUGAUUCCAUAUAUGGCAUUUGGGCUAAAUACCGUCUUCAAAUUACAGGGCGGCCACCUAUAGAAGAAAUAUUAGAAGCUCGGAAGAAGAAGGGUGAUGAAGUAUGCAAAGACAGCAAUGCAUGCAAGAUGUAAAUUUCGGAGAUAUUUGACUAUGGUGUAAACUUCAGAAGGCUCGUUAUUUGAUUUUUUUAUCAAAUUUGAUCCUCAUCCUCCGAAGCAGACCUUUAAAAGAUCUUUAUUAACAAAAAGAAUCCGACAUAGAUCGCUGUCACAGCAUUUAUGUCUGCCUCUUCAUAUGCCUCUUCAUAUGCAUUUAUGUCUGCCUCUUCACAGCAUUUUGAUUUUUGACUUUGAUUUCAAUUAGAAAAUAUUUUCUAUGUCUAAUUUGAAUCAUAUCACCUAAUAGCUCUAAAUACUAGGAAUAGAUUUAGAAUUAUUAGUUGGUUAGGUUCUAGAAUUUAAUGCAAGGAUUAUAAUUUGAUAAAUUGAGGAAUCGUUGUUGGAUUAUAAUCCUUAAUAACUCUAAAUGCAAGAAAUUGAUUUAGAGUAGCUUAAUAGAAUUGAUUAAUAGAAUCAUAUUUAUAUGACAUUAUAGAUCAAUUGAGCUAUAUAGAUGAAAUUCAAUCUCAACAGUCUCUCUUUCUUG